AUGUGUAUCCUUUUGCUGUCAACCGCGCAUCCGAAAUAUCCGCUAGUGCUGCUGUCGAACCGGGAUGAAUUCCUAGAUCGCCCGACGAAAGCUGCUGGGUUCUGGCCGGAGCCGGACGCGGACGUGAUUGGGCCUAUGGAUCUGGCGAGGGAAGAGCAUGGGACGUGGAUCGGGGUGUCGAAGAGUGGGCGGAUUGCGAUUCUUGUGAAUUUUAGGGAGGAGACUGUCUCUGAUGCUGUUAGUCCGAUAUCGAGAGGUGCUCUUGUUCGACAUUUCCUGGUCGCGCGCGAUCAGUCGACUUCAGAAUGGGCGCAGUCGGCAAUUACGAAAGCAGGUCCAGGCGGUCUCUUCAGUGUUGGAGGGUUCAGCAUGGUCUGUGGAGUUCUUCGGAGACGACCGACAGCACAGCAGGGUGAUUUACCUGCCUCGAAACCUGUUGAUGAAGAGCGAUUGGAGAAGAUGGCUGUUUUGACUAACCGGUCGACGUCGUUGGAUGAGGGCACGUCUUGGCUUUUCUCGCCUGAUGAGUGCGCGAAUCCGGCUGUGGAUCAAGAGACUGAAUCUACUUCUGAGAAUGAUCUCUAUUCAACCGUACGCAAGCACACCUACGGCAUUUCAAACUCGCUGUACACAAAUCCUUGGCCAAAGGUGUAUAAAGGCUGCGAUCUUUUGAGCUCGUUGAUCGCUGAAGAUAUCGGGAACCCCGGAAGCAAAACGGGAGAUAAGGAAGAAUUCAUUAGCUCACUGUUUGAUAUCCUAUCAACCGACAAUCUACCGAGAGAUGCGCUCGGGUCCGGCAACCCAGCUUUGGUGUUUGACGCACUGAAGCACAGUAUCAAGAUCCCCGUUUUCUCCUCCACCAGCGGUGUUUUGAAAGCAGACGAAGACCUUCUCUCGCCGGUGCCGACCGACUCAAGCAUGACGACGGAUGAGCCAGCGGUAGUCGUGCAGCAUGUAAACUCGAGGUUUGAGACGCAUACUUCUGAUAAGCCGUAUGAGUUUAGGCAGGGCAAGUAUUACGGCACGCGGACGCAGACACUUAUUCUGGUGGACAACGAGGGCCACGUCACGUACGCUGAGCGAGACCUGAAUGAUCCGCUGCGCAGAGAGCACUCGAUCCAUGAGUUUGAUAUCGAGGGAUGGAAUGAGUAG